GGGAGGACCCCUUUUGCCCUCGGAGAAACCAGGAAGGGAGUCGCGAGCAUCAUACGGGGCUUUGGCUGUACUGUACAGUUACUGUAGGGGCAGUGACGCCGCCGCCGCCGGAGCGAGGGAGAGACGAAGGGAGGGCGAGCGAGGGGGAGAGCGAGACGCGGACCCCGGAGGCGAGCGGCUGAGGAGCCUAGUCCCAACUCCGGGCCCCGGCCCCGUGCGCCCCGGCCCGGCCCGGCCCCGGCCCGGCCCCGCGAGGUCUCGGCGCGGAAGAUGGCUGGCGGCGUGGACGGCCCCAUUGGGAUUCCGUUCCCCGACCACAGCAGUGACAUUCUGAGUGGGCUCAACGAGCAGCGAACGCAAGGCCUGCUGUGUGACGUGGUGAUCCUGGUAGAGGGCCGAGAGUUUCCCACACACCGCUCAGUGCUGGCGGCCUGCAGCCAGUAUUUCAAGAAGCUGUUCACGUCGGGCGCCGUGGUAGACCAGCAGAACGUGUACGAGAUCGACUUCGUCAGUGCCGAGGCGCUCACGGCCCUCAUGGACUUUGCCUAUACAGCCACACUGACUGUCAGCACAGCCAACGUGGGUGACAUCCUCAGCGCCGCCCGACUGUUGGAGAUCCCUGCCGUGAGCCACGUCUGUGCCGACCUCCUUGACAGGCAGAUCCUGGCGGCUGAUGUGAGCACCGACACCGGGCAGCUGGACAUGGUAGAUCAAAUUGAUCAGCGAAACCUCCUCCGCGCCAAGGAGUACCUCGAGUUCUUCCAGAGCAACCCCAUGAACAGUCUGCCCUCCACUGCAGCUGCCGUCGCCGCCAACUUCGCGUGGCCUGCUUUUGGCACAUCCGAUGAUGACCUGGAUGCCACCAAGGAGGCCAUGGCCGCCGCUGUGGCUGCCGUGGCUGCUGGUGACUGCAAUGGCUUGGACUUUUACGGGCCUGGCCCCCCAGCCGAACGGCCUCCAGCCGGGGAUGGAGACGAGGGCGACAGCAACCCGGGUCUGUGGCCAGAGAGGGACGAGGACACCUCUGCUGGGGGUCUCUUUCCACCCACUGUGGCCCCAACAGCUGCUGCCACGCAGAACGGCCACUAUGGCCGGGGUGGGGAGGAGGAGGUGGCCUCCCUGUCAGAGGCAGCCCCAGAGCCAGGAGACUCUCCCGGCUUCCUGUCAGGAACAGCUGAGGGUGAGGACGGCGAUGGGACUGACGCAGACGGGCUUGCGGCCAGCACACUGCUGCAACAGAUGAUGUCGUCGGUGGGCCGGGCAGGGUCGGCAGCAGCGGGGGACAGCGAUGAGGAAUCGAGGGCAGACGACAAGGGUGUCGUGGACUACUACCUGAAGUACUUCAGUGGUACCCAUGACAGUGAUGUCUACCCAGCUUGGUCACAGAAGGUGGAGAAGAAGAUCCGGGCUAAGGCCUUCCAGAAGUGCCCCAUCUGUGAGAAGGUCAUCCAGGGCGCUGGCAAGCUGCCACGGCAUAUCCGGACCCACACCGGUGAGAAGCCCUACGAGUGCAACAUCUGCAAGGUCCGAUUCACCAGGCAGGACAAGCUCAAGGUGCACAUGAGGAAGCACACAGGUGAGAAGCCAUACCUGUGCCAGCAGUGCGGGGCGGCCUUCGCCCACAACUAUGACCUGAAAAACCACAUGCGUGUGCACACUGGCCUGCGGCCCUACCAGUGCGACAGCUGCUGCAAGACCUUCGUCCGUUCCGACCACCUGCACAGACACCUCAAGAAGGACGGCUGCAAUGGUGUUCCUUCACGCCGUGGCCGCAAACCCCGUGUCCGAGGCGGGGGGCUUGGGGGACCCGACCCUGGCCCCGGGGCCGCUGCGCCGCCCAGCGCCCCCGCCCCACCCGGCUCCCCUGAGGCCCGGCGCAAUGGCCAGGAGAAGCACUUUAAGGACGAGGACGAGGACGAGGAAGAGGCCAGCCCUGAUAGCCUGGGCAGGUUGAAUGUAGCAGGCGCUGGCAGAGGGGGUGGCGACGGGGCCACUGGGACCCCUGCCGAUGGCAGCUUUGCAGCUGGACUCGCCUGAAAACCAAAAAGAGAAAACAGAAACCCGAGAGACAGAAAGAGAGAGAGAAAUCACCCACCACCCCCCAAAAAACAUACAAAAAGAAAAUCUAUCUAUAUACAGAUAUCUAUAUCGAGAUAUAUAUAUAUACAGAUAUAUAUAUAUAUAUGAAGCGUCACAGAAUCUAGGAUAGUGCUUUUCUCAGAUUUUUCUCUUUCAUGAUGUUCUCUCCCUCCAUGGGGACUCUUGCCCUCCACCCCCCAGCUCCCCUUCCCCCCACCCCAGCAGUGGGUUUUGGGGCUUGGCUUGGGGUUUGUGGGACACAAGGGUUCUGAGUUCCCUCCUCCCCCUGGGCACUCCCAGCAUGGGGUCU